AUGUCAUCCGUCUCUUCCGACAUCUCCGGUCUUGCUGAUAUAUCAUUUCGUAAGGAGAGCAUCUGUGAAGAGCCGUCACCUGUUGAUUUAGAGGUCAAUGAAGCGAUUGCUCUUCAUCGUUCCAAGGAGCCGAGUUGUACUAGGGUGGGAGAGAUCGUGGCUGGUAUCUCACAUUGCAAAGAUCGUUUGAAAGAACGCAUGACCGAGAGAAAUUCGCCAAUCAAACAAAUGUAUCUGGAUAAGAUUGUUCAGCUGAGCCUAGAAAAACAGACAUUGGAGGAAAACGGAGUGAAUGGUGAAGAUUCGGUGGUCAAAAUGCUUGGCCAUGAGUUUGCCCUCCAACGAAGCUCUGGCCGUCGAAAUCCCUAUUGUGAGACGUUCCGAAGAGUUGCGAGUAUUCAGUUGAAGUUGUUUCCAGAAGGUCCCGCUAAUAUGCAGCCUCGUCUCUGCGAGUAUACUGGAAUGCUGUUUUGUUCUAACUGUCACUGGGGCGAUACAUGGUCAAUACCGGCGAGAAUAAUUCACAAUAUGGACGCGAGACCAAGGCCAGUGUGUCGUGCCGCUAAGCAACUACUGGCAAUUGUAGAUAAUCGACCGCUGAUCGACUUGUCUGAAGGCGCAUUCAUCCCUCACUAA